CAGGAGGGGGCGGAGCCGAGAGCAGAUCUGACACUAGGGAAGGGGUCUAAGCUCGGUCUCUGGAAAGCGCCUGGACCCAGAUGGGGAGAGACGGGAGCCAUCCCACACUGUGGAUCGCCCUUUACUGCUAACUUUGGAGGAUGGAGGUGCCCAAUCCUAUGAGGCACACCACUCCCGUCGCAGGCAGGGUCUGGGAGUCAGGGUCCCUAGGUUCUAGCGCUCUCACUUGCAGGGAUGUCGCGUGACCCAGGCCCUCUUUUUUACCUGGGCCUCAGUUUCCCCACCCGUAAAAUAGAGGAGGGUUAGAUCUGCCGAGCGCUAAUAUUCCAGAACUGCAAUGGGUACGGAGGAGGGGGAGAUGGGGGACCCACACGUGACCUCCCCGCGCGGGGCCCCGCCUAUCCCUUGUCCAGGGGAUGGAAGCGCCCUGCGAGGACGGGCGGGGUUGGGUGGAUCCUAAGAAACGCAACCCGGCCGCCCUUGGCAGCGGCUAAGGCUGAGCGCGUAGCUCGGCAGCAGGCUAGCCCUGGCGACCGCACCACAGAAGGAUGGGGACCGCAACCCAAGCAUCGCAGGGGGCCACCGUGGAAGCGAGGGUGGUGCAGAGAAUCCGCGUGUGAUUCGCAGCGUAUCUGGGGAGGAUGGACGAAGGGACGGGAGGCAGCUAACGGGGCUCCCUCUCCGCUCCCGGUCUUCGGAGGUGCACGUCGCGGGUCCCAAGCGGGCUCCGUCGACAGCACCGCAGCGCCGAGCUAGUCUUGGGCCAUGAGGAGCGUGCCGGAGGCCUGGCCCGGGGCCGCCGUCGGGGCUGGCCGCGUCCUGCCGCGUUGAAGGCGUGAGGCCAAGAGGGGCGCAGGCUCCCAGGCUGCGCGGUAGCGCACCGCCAUGGCGAGGGAGGAGUGCAAGGCACUGCUGGAUGCGCUCAACAAGGCGACUGCAUGCUACCAUCACCUGGUGCUAACCGUCGGCGGCUCGGCAGAUUCGCAGAACCUGCGUGAGGAGCUGCAUAAAACGCGCCAGAAGGCACAGGAGCUGGCGGUGGCUACCGGCGCCCGGCUGACGACCGCACUGCGCGACCGGGGUCUGGGCGCCGAAGAGCGCGCUGAGUUCGAGCGCCUCUGGGUGGCCUUCUCCGGCUGCCUGGACCUGCUGGAAGCCGACAUGAGGCGCGCGCUGGCGCUGGGCACCGCGUUCCCGCUGCAUGCGCCGCGGCGGCCGCUUGUGCGCACGGGCGUGGCGGGCGGCGCGGCGGGCGUGGCGGCGCGUGCCCUAAGCGCCCGCAGCCUGCGGCACGAGGCAGAGCGCGACUUCGUUGUGGACGACCUGCAAGAGCUGGAGCGGGAGAUCCGUCAGGUGGGCGAGAUGAUCCACGACAUGGAGAUGAAGGUCAACGUGCCCCGCUGGACUGUUCAGGCCCGGCAGGUGGCGGGCGCCGAGCUCCUGUCCAGCGCCGGUGCCUCCUCGACGGGCUUUGUGUCCAUAGAAGAGCGCACAAGGCCCUGCGACCUGAACAAGGCCCUGGCCGCUACCGUUUUCAGCGCCGUGCUGCUGGCGGCUGUGGCCCUGGCGGUGUGCGUGGCAAAGCUGAGCUGACACCAGACGGUCCCCCGCCACCACCUCUCCUUCCCCAGAGACACCCCUUCCAGAAUGACCGCUAUGGCCAGACUCAGAUGGGAGUGGGAUCUGGCUUGUCUAAGGGAAUUGGUUCUAAAACCCCGCGUGUGUAGGUGUACACGCGUGUUUCAGGCUCACGCCUGCCUGGGCAGAAUGUGGUUUCCUCUUGCUGGACGGGUAGGAGUUAAUUUUGUGCGGGGCCGCUAGGGCAUUAUCACUAAUGUAUGCAGGAGCUUUAUCCCCUAUUAAUAGAAAACCAUCCACAGUGACCCCAGAUUCCUCUGAGUUAAUGGGUUACCGCGUGUGCUGCUGAGGCAUGUUUACACUGAGCCCCAGCUUGGUGCCCCCAUCCCUAAUGGAAACUCCCACUCUGAAUGGGGCAGUUUGAAAAAGGGAAUGAGGUGAAAUGAAGUGUCGAGAGGGGGGCUGUUUUGCUGGGAUAGGGAUGGUUUUCUUUCUUCCUGGACAGGAGGCAAAUUGCAACAAGAUAUAAGCAUUUUUUUUAAUUACCUUAAUCCUUUGGGACCUAAGGUUAGGAGUGUGCAAAUAGAAGUUCAUGCAAAGUGCUUUCUCGAUGGCACAGGACUGAGCUUCUUGGCAGAGCUUAUCCAUUAGUCACGAAAAGCAGCCCAAGAGGUUUGGGGUCGUGCCCUCUCGCGCAGGGUCUGACUGCGUAGGAAACCAAAGUAGUGCUGUAGGACCUGCCCUCAGGGGUUUGGAGUCACUGCAUACACUGACUAUUUAAACAGGCUCUCCCCAGCCAGCCUUGGAGGGGUACAAGCUUUGGGAAGGGCCACAUUACUGUUUAAACAGGGACUUUCUCCUUCACUGGGGCUUAUUUUUGUUCCAGAACUAGACCAGAGAUUUUGAUCCUCCUUUGGGGGAGGAUUGGGGAAUCCUCUUUGGAGCCCUUAAUCCUAUCUAUCCCUUGGAAUUUGCUUGCUGGCCAGUAGGAGAGCUGGCUUUGGAAGGAGCUGCACAGCUCUCUGACCCGGACACUGCCCUCUGAGAGGGUAUAGUGGCAUCACUGGCACACAGUUUUGAGCCAGUUAGCACUGAGACUGGGUUAGAAUGUAGCAGCUUUAACUUGGAAUUUAAGAAGCUUUUUAAAAGUAACAGUCAUAUGAAUUAAAAAUUGCAUAACCACACUGUGUAUUAUCAAAGCUGGGUUUUUUGUUUUGUUUUUAAGAUUUUAUUGGGGAAUUGGGGGAGGGGAACAGUGUUGGGGAA